AUGGAGGAAUCGUUUGCUCUUGCCAUCCACAAAGCCUUGCACAACUGGCGCGACGUUGAGGGAGAAGUGGACCUCCUAGGCGAUGGCGAAAUCGUGAGCUUCUCCACUGCCCCGAACGGCUGCCGAGUCGCUGAGUGGAGAGGGCACCGCCUCAUGGAACAGAACAAAUCUAAAUCAACAAGCUGGGGAGUAAAGGCGAAGAAGGGCGCUCGCAUUACGUGGGUGUUGAGUGCCCCCCGCUGGGGCUUGAUUCAAGAUGAUGCGAUCGUCCGCGGAUGCUCAGCCAUAAAGGGCUCGAAACCCUCCACGAAGGCAGACCCCAGCGACGAUGAAGAAGAAGAAGACAAGGCUUACUCCAAGCAGACCAACGCAAGCGAGGACGAAGAUGAGGAGGAAGAAGAAGAGGAAGAGGAGGAGUUCGACAUGAGCAACAAGAUUACCGAGCUGAGGGCGUUUACCAAGAAGCACGGCAUCAAGGUAGUUGGAAGGAAGAAGGAAGACGUGCUCAACGCCAUCACGAAGUGGAAGAAGCAGCGCAAGCUCGAGAAGGAGGCACGAAAGGCCAAGGCCGCCAAGCCGCAGGAGGACGAGGAGGCCAGCGAGGACGAGAACGCGGAACAAGACGAAGAAGAGCAAGAGGAACGCGUCAAGACCCCGGCCAAGGCACCCGCGCGCCCUGCAAAGAGGAGAAGCAAGGCCGGACUGACCGAACGUAAGGCGGAGGAAGUAGAGCAGGCCGCUCCCGAGGCCCCCGCCACGCCCGAGAAAGAGGAAGAAGCGGCUGUCAGCGAACCCGUCGAAGUGGAGGAGGAGACCCCGGUGGUCGAGGAGCAAGCGGCGCGAGCUGAAAAGAUCAGCGAGGAAAGCGAGCAGGACGAAGGCGAGAUCGAUACCGACCUCGACCUCGACCUCGACAAGCUGGACAGCUACAACCUCAAGACGCUCAAGGCCUACUGCGAAGAGGAGGGCCUCAAGCUGCCGGCUGGUGCGAGGAAGCAGGAUUACAUCACCGCCAUCCUCGACCACAACGCCGACAUCCUCGACGAAGACGACAACCACGAUGGCGCAAUGGUCGAGGCGCCCAAGCCCAAGUCCCCCGAGCCGAACCAGGUUGUUGGCGCCGCAUCACCGGUUCAGGCCGAGCCCAAGCAAGACGAGAACGACGAGGAUCUGGACCUCGACGAGCUGGACCGCUAUUCCAUCGCAACGCUGAAGAAGUAUUGCGCGGACGAGCGUAUCGCUGUGGCGGGGACCACAAAGGAGGCUUACGUGAAGGCCAUACUCGACUACAACGACUCGGAGCGGUCCUGGCUCGAGGUGUCGAGGGCCGAUGACGAGUCCCCGCGCGAGGAGACGAAGACCAGCGACAAAGAGGAAGCCAAGCGCGAUGGCGAGAAGAAGGCCUCUGUGGAGUGCGACGUCGAGGAGGAGACUGAGGAGACCGAGGUCGCGAUGUGGAAGAGGAAGGCCGCCAAGUGGAAGCAGAGGGCCAGGGAGCUGCAGCGCUUCAACGAGCUCCAGACCAAGUCCCCGCACCACCAGAUGAGGAGGGCGAGCGGCAACAACAAGGAGAACGCCUCGCCCGCCCAAGUCGCCAAGACCGGAGUCCGGGCCUGA